CACUGCUCAGUUGCACUGAGUGUCAUGCGUGCGUGUGUGUGUGUGCGUGCGUGUUAGUGUGUCGUAUGAGUUGUGGCGACCAGUGAACAAAUAAAAAUAAAUAAAUAAAUGCACAUUGCAACGGUCGGUGCGUGUGUGCAGAGCAGAUGCCAGAUGGUGCAGAUGUUGGAUGACACCAGCGGAUGACCUCAAAAUCAAGGAUCAACCGAGCAACAGAAAUCCAAAAUAACAACAAAAACAAGAGCAACGGCGAUCGCUCAUACACACACGCACACACAGGUAGUAAUCCGAACGACAGACACGCACAUAUAGCAGCAUAUAACGGUAUAGCUAGCGCCCAGACAGGAAGUAGCGAAUAAUUGAAUAUUCCAUCGACGUACAGCAGCGGUCACGAGGCGGGUUACACUCUGCUCGGUGGUGGACCUCAAAAUAAUGGCCACGGGCGGAGGCGGUGGAUUAGGAGGAGCGGGAUCCGCCGGAAAUGCUGACCAUCACAAACGCAACACCUUCACCAGCUAUGUGGCACCGCUUCCCGGAGAUUUGCGCGCUACAGCGGAUACGAAUGAAUGGUGCCUGCCCAGCGAUUUGAGGGACGUCCAUAUGGCUAAACCGCGACUGCUGCAGGGCGAGCAAAUUGUUGCCUCGGCACCGGCCUACAUGUACUCCCCUAUCGAUCCGAUGGAUAACAAUGGGAGUGGCUCCUCUGUUUCAUCCAAUCCGGCAGAUGGCAAUUCGCACAAGGAGGCCACAUUUGGCCUACUAAGUGUCACCAAUUUCAAACUGGCGUUUGUACCGCUGCACGCCAAGCGUAAUCCUGCCAAUGCUGUUGCUGCUCCACUGGUCGAUCUCUACCAGGAGAACGCCUAUGUGGGCCGCAACGAGAUCACCCUAAACAACAUCGAUCAUAUUUAUACCAUUGCGGAGCUGGGCCGGGCGGCCAGUGCGCUGCAGGCGGCGCGUGGCAUGGCCAAUCAUGGCAUUAGUCGGCGCAAGAAGCUGGAGCCCUUCAAGCAGCAGAACAUCAGUGGAAGAAUAGCCGCAUUGCAUAUUGUUUGCAAGAACUUUCGAUUGUUAAAAUUCGCCUUCCAGCAACAGGAUUCGAAGAUGUUCGGAGCCAGUGAUCAGGGUAAGCUGAUUGCCUCGGCAUUGGUCCGUUUUGCCUAUCCCAUGCGUCAUGAUCUGAGCUUCGCCUAUGCUCACAGGGAGCCGUACUAUUCCACUUUGGGUGCCUCCGGAACUAGUAUGUAUGCGUCAAAGAACGAUUGGGCCAGGGAACUGAUACGUUGCGGCGCCACCGAGUGGCAGGUGGUGAGCAGUGCAAGUGUCCAGUUGCUGCAGAAUCCCCUCCAAGCGGGCAAGUACACUGUGCCGCCGCACUUCGUCAUACCGAAGAGCUGCAGCGUGGAUCGAUUCUUGGACUUGUCGCGCGCCUUUUGCGAUUCACGAGCUGCCUUCUGGGUGUAUAGUUAUGGUAAUAGUGCUGCCCUGGUGAGAUUAGCUGAACUGCAACCGGCUGCACAGCAGGAUACAAAGUCGGAGAAUGUUAUGCUGGAGUUGGUGCGCAAGUGUGAUGGUGGGCGACAGCUUAAGCUGCUCCAACUGACGGAUCGCUUGCCGAGUAUUCAAGAUGUGUUACGGGCCUACCAGAAACUAAGACGCCUAUGCACGCCGGAAACGCCUGAGAAGUUUAUGCUGCAGGAUGACAAGUACCUGGGAUUACUCGAAAAGACCAAUUGGUUGUUCUACGUAUCGUUGUGCCUACGCUAUGCUAGUGAAGCGGCUGCUACCCUUCGCAGCGGUGUGACCUGUGUCCUUCAGGAAUCGAAUGGCCGUGAUUUGUGCUGUGUGAUUAGCAGUCUGGCGCAACUUCUGCUUGAUCCACACUUCCGUACUACCGAUGGCUUCCAGUCGUUAGUGCAAAAGGAGUGGGUGGCCUUGGAGCAUCCGUUCCAGCGACGUUUGGGUCAUGUUUAUCCCUCCCAGCCUGCCGGCGGCAAUGCCGAGAUGCUGGAAAGCGAACAGAGCCCAGUGUUCCUGCUCUUCCUGGACUGUGUGUGGCAGCUACAGCAGCAGUUCACCGACGAGUUUGAGUUUACACAGACGUACCUAACCACACUGUGGGACUCGUGCUUCAUGCCCAUUUUCGAUACCUUCCAGUUUGACACGCAGGCGCAACGUUUGAAGGCGGUGCGAGAUUCGCAGCUCGUUCUACGUCCCGUUUGGGAUUGGGGUGAGCAAUUCUCGGACAAAGACAAAAUGUUCUUUAGCAACCCGCUGUUCCAGCGCCAAAGAGGAGAUCUUGGCGCCCAGGCAGCGGCUGCAGCUCAUCGUAGAUCUCUGGCGGUGGGUAAUAAGGGAGCACAUGGUAGUGGUACUGGAUCCACGCCCUCGAGAAACACCAUAAAUCCGCAGCUAUUCGCGACAGCUUCCUCAGUGCCUCAGGAUCGGUUCCUGCAGCCGGCUCACCGGAUAUUUGAUCUGCAAGUAUGGGAUCAAUGUUACUAUCGAUGGCUGCCCAUAUUGGAUAUUCGCGGUGGUGGCCAACCGCAGGUGGAUCUCUUCCAUCGCCUGCUUCUGAGCAAUAUAGCAAAGAUACAGCGCUGCUUGGAAUUCCAGACAUUCGAUGAUUUGCCGGAAGCUUUUUACGAGUCCACCGGUGAAUCGAGGCCCAAUCAGCAAACGGGCGAUAAACCAGAAAAGGAAGAUGAGGCUGAGUUCGUGGAUGGUGUCGAGCGACGCAGGAAGACAACGACUAAGGCUUCCACGCCCACAAACGGACUAACAUCUAUGAAUGGAAAUUUGCAGCUAUCGACGCUAUCAUCGUUUUUCCCCUUCGGAAAUCCCAUUGCCGGCGAUGCACCGCAUCAACUAUAUGAUAUCCUGAGCAGCAGCAGCGAACUCCUAAUGGAGACGUCCUCCUUUCUGGACAAGUCAUCCAUUGUCUGAUCCACACACACUCGUUCCACUUGUUUACUUUCAACGCUGAACUUUCGAAGUAUUACAAAAAUGAAAACAUUUAAAAUCCCUUUCACACAUAUACAUGGCAUAUCGCUUUUAACACUUUUGAUUAUUGUUAACUAAUAAGCAAGUUAUGGAUAAGUUUUUUUUUAUUUCGUUUUACUAUUACUAAACUGCAAAGCUGCAUAAUAAUAAAUUUAAACAAAAUAAAAGCAGAGUAACAUUGACUAAAUAAAUAACAAAAA